AGUGUGUAUGUAAGUUUAAUACAUAAAUGUAUUUUCAGCAUAUUUCCCACCCGAACAAAAAAGCUAUAGACUCAACAGUGGUUAAGCAUGUUACUAAGUGACCAUCAGGAGUUGCUGAUUAUCAGUCUAUGCCCUGACAUCAGCAGAUAAGCAUACGAAGGUCGCGAAGACUAAACCACUGCACCACUACGUCAGUUGUGGAUCACUGUGACACUGAUCACGGUCGAAUUCAGUUUGAAACCAACAAGAAACACACAAUGUUGUUAAAAAUAACGGCAGUGAUUUUAGGCAGUGCUGCCGUCAUGUUGGAACUCUUUAUUUAGAUGGAUGGAGUGAUGCGAGCUCAGUACAGCUGCAGGACAGCAGAUGGCACCGCUGCAUCGUCCUGUGGUUCGUACUUGGCACCGAGACUCGUCCACGUUGUUCUCACUGUCUGACUUCGCUCCAGUUCCCCUCCCUCUAUCCCUCCCUCACUCUCUCUUCCUCGGUUUACAGUAUACACCUAUCUAUCUCCCACAAGCAUCAGCAGUCUCUUCAUCAGUCUCCGCGUUACGGGCGCUAGUACGGCGUAAAGCAUGGCACCUCUCCGUCCCGAAGAACCGGGUUCAGCUGCUGCGUACCUCUGCGUCUUUCUGUUGACCGUCUCGGCCUGGAUGGCACUACCGGGACCCGUGCGCUGUGGCAGCGUGGCUUUAAACCGGCGAGGCUGGGAGGAUCGCACGUUUGACUUGAACGGCGGAGAAAGAGGCUUCCUGCCGGGCCAGAAAGCAGUCGGGGCGGGGAGCACACCCCGCUUCAGAAGAGCCCUGUCCUGGGAUAAACAAAUGUCCCUGCUCAGCAGCUCGUUCGUGCUCAAAGGGGAUGCGACCCACAACCAGGCGAUGGUCCACUGGACAGGAGAGAACAGCAGCGUCAUCCUUAUCCUAACCAAGUACUACCACGCUGACUCCACCAAGGUCCUGGAAAGCUCACUGUGGCGGUCUUCUGACUAUGGCACCACCUACACCAAACUCAACCUGAUGCCAGGAACAACCAUUGUGGUGACAAGUUUCUACAUUUGCCCAACCAACAAGAAAAAGGUAAUUCUGGUGGGUUCCUCUAUAAAUGAACGAGAUCAAAUGCUGUUUAUCAGCACAGAUGAAGGUUCCUCCUUCCAGCGGCAGUCCAUCGACUUCACACCUGACACGCUCAUCUUCCACCCCAAGGAAGAAGACAAGCUGCUGGCCUAUUGCAAGGAGGGCAGGCUCUUUGCUUCAGCAGAUCUGGGCCGCAAGUGGACAUUACUGCAGGAGAGAGUGACAAAGGACAGAGUUUUCUGGUCUGUAUCUGGUGUGGAUGUGGAUCCUGAUCUGGUGCACAUGGAGAUGCAAGAUACAAGUGGAGGCUACUUGUAUGUCACCUGCCUCAUUCAGAACUGCUCGGACAAAAUGGUGACGGCACAGUUCCUUGGAAAAAUUGAUCACAACUCGCUGCUGGUGCAGGAUGACUACGUAUUUGUCAAGGUCACCACAGGCAAUCGGACCAAGCACUAUGUGUCCUACCGACGGAAUGAAUUUGUCCAGAUGAGGUUUCCUAAGUAUGCCUUACCAAAGGAUGUUCAGAUAGUGAGCACAGAUGAGAACCAGGUCUUCCUCGCCCUCCAGGAGUGGUACCAGUCAGACACAUACAACCUGUACCAGUCAGAUCCCGAAGGCAUCUACUACUCCAUCGUCCUGGAAAAUGUUCGCAGCACCAAGCAGCCAGAAGAGAAUGUUCUCAUUGACAUUCUGGAGGUACGUGGAAUCAAAGGAGUCUUCUUGGCAAACCAGAAAAUUGAUGGAAGAGUGGCAACUGUAAUAACUUACAACAAAGGACGUGACUGGGAACCCUUGGCCCCACCUACCACUGACAUGAAUGGCAAACCUGUCAGUUGCAAAGCGCCGGACUGUCACCUCCACCUCCACUUGCGCUGGGCAGACAACCCCUAUGUGUCUGGGACUGUCCACACCAAAGACUCUGCUCCCGGUCUUAUUAUGGGUGCUGGUAACCUGGGCUCCAAGCUAGUAGAGUAUAAGGAAGAAAUGUAUAUCUCUUCAGACUGCGGAAAGACGUGGAGACAGGUGUUUGAGGAGGAGCAUCAUAUCCUGUAUCUGGACCACGGUGGUGUCAUCGUUGCCAUCAAAGAUACCUCGAUUCCCCUCAAGAUACUCAAGUUCAGUAUUGAUGAAGGACGGACGUGGAACAUUCACAACUUUACAAGCACCUCCGUGUUCGUCGAUGGACUUCUGAGUGAGCCAGGAGAUGAGACCCUGGUCAUGACUGUGUUUGGCCACAUCAGCUAUAGGUCAGACUGGGAGCUGGUGAAAGUGGACUUUAGGCAGUCUUUUCCCCGUCAGUGCACUGAGUCUGAUUAUGACUCCUGGCAGUUCACAGAUCAGAAGGAGGAAAAGUGCAUUAUGGGCCAGGAGCGGACGUUCAGGAAGAGGAAGGACACUGCAUUCUGCAUAAAAGGAAAAAGCUACACAUCAGCUCUGACCAACAAACCCUGCCAGUGUACUGAGAAAGACUACAACUGUGAUUAUGGAUUCGAGCAAUCACACAUGGAAACUGACCGCUGCAUUGCUGACUUCUGGUAUGAUCCAGAUUCACCACCUGAAGACUGCCACCUAGGACAGACCUACAUGUCCAGCACUGGCUACAGGAAGAUGAUAUCUAACUCAUGUGAAGGGGAGCCAAACAAGCAGCAGAGCUCUAAAAAGCACAGCUGCCCCCUGCUCGCGCCUAAAGGAUUACGAGUUGGCAUAAAAGGGCAGAUGCUGGCUGUGGCACCUGGGGAUGACAUCACAUUCACUGUCCACCAGGAGCAGGGUGACACCAGCAGCACCAAGUAUCAGGUGGAUCUUGGUGAUGGGGUACGGACAAUUUACCAGAACCUGACUGUGACUGAUGAACCCAUCCAGCACCGUUAUGAAAAUCCAGGCAUUUACAAGGUCAAAGUGAAGGCUGAGAAUAUGGCUGGACACGAUGAGGCUACCAUGUACAUCCAGGUCACAGCCCCACUACAGGAAGUACACCUAGAAGUGGUUCCCAUUGCUGGGAGAAACCAUGAGGUCAAUCUCACUGCUACUGUCCUUCCCAGUGAGGCCAACCUGACUGUCUUUUACUGGUGGAUAGGAGACAGCAUGCAG